GGCUUCUGAGGAUACACACCAAUCGAAGAAGAUCUAAAAGGAUAGUUGGAAGGAAAGAUAUUUUACUCGGAUCUUUCAAUACGAGGUUGUGAAGGGUUUAAUUUCAACCGACCUUGCAUAAGGUAGAAAGACUGCAAUGAGGCUGGCAUUCAAAUAAUUUCGGCGGCUUUGUCUAACCCAGAUUUCAAAUUAGAUACUCUUCGACAUCGAGGUUGUAAAGCGGAAUAUGAAAACCUGAGCGGUUGUGGUCUCAAGUUUUUCAAAAAGUUGAAGAGUCGGGGAAGUAUUAUCAAAGAAGUCGAACAUGUUAAAACGAGUUAGGAGGCGAUCCAGUAAACAUCAGCUCAUAGAAAAACCUGAAGAUUUAAGUAAUUCAGGGAAGAAAGACAGUACAUCGAACGAUGAGAUUUUAGAAGGAAUUAUCUCGGAACUUCGAUCUGAGGUGAAAACUCUUAAGGAACAGCUGGAACAAGAAAAGAAGGCCGGGAGUGAUGUGAAGAGUUUGAAAACACAACAAAUAUGUACAUUAACAUUUAAACUUGCAAACGCAGUGAGACAGAGAGAGCUAGCCGAAGGAGAACUGGCUAAGGUGAAAAAAGAAAUGGAAGAACUGAAAGAGGUAAUGGAGGCACAAAAUGAAGAACUGAAGGCUAAAGAAGAGGAAGGUGGAAACGAUGGCAGUGGGAAGCAGGUGGUAUCUGUCCCACCAGAGGGUGCUGUGGAAGAAACGAGCGAAGUAAACGUACGAGAAAAUAUAGCUACAGACACCAUCUUUUUGUCUACUCCUGAAAAGGACGAAAGAAACGGAGUGGAUGAUUUUGUGGAGAGUGGAGAAGUUUCUUUAUCUUUAGACGAAAAAUGCGAUAAGCUUUCUAACGAUAACAGUCUGCAUGAAGAUGGGUCGACAGAGGUACGCCGCCAAGACAUCCCUCGUGUUGUUGGUUUAUUGAGUUCAUCAUCAGAAUUAAGGGAUGAGGAUUCUACAAAAGAAAAUUUGUCCUUUCAACAUAAAAGCGAAGAUGUCUCCCUGCUUGAUGCAUCCUUGCAGAGUUCGUUAUCCGGACUAUCUUAUAUAAAUGGAGAAAGUCCUGGAGAACACGGUGAAGAACUGGAGAAGAUUCGGGAAGAUGGUUGCAAAGUACAAGAAAACGCAAUUAAAAUUUCAAAUACAAGCUAUGAGCUGGUGGAGGAUAUGCAACAUGCUACUGCACAGAAAAAUACCUUAGAAACGUUAAGUCCGUGUUCAGUGCAGAACCACACACGAAUACCCCCAAAGCUUAUUGAAGAAGAUCAGAAUUCAUCCCCGCUCACCUCCCCAAAGGAAGUUUUUUGUAAAGUACAAGAGAACUCAAUUAAAUUGUCAGACACAAGCUAUGAGUUGGCAGAGGAUGUGCAACAUGCCACUGAACAGAAAACUAAUAAUACCAUAGAAACGCAAAGUCCGAGUUCAGUACAAAACUACCCGCGAAUACCCCUAAAGAUUAUCGAGGAAGAUCAGAAUUCAUCCCCCCUCACCUCUCCCAAGGCUAUAAACUACACCGAGGAAAAGUUUGGAACAUUUCUAGCGGAUAAUGGAGUAAGUAAUCAUAACCCUCUCUUGUUCUUUGGAGAGAAAGACGAAGAACCAGAAACUCACCUCAAGGGAGGUGGAGAAAACUUGACAAGAGGACACGGAACAGUGCAAGAGAGAACAGCUUUAGAGAGUUUUCUCAAUAAAGGAUCGGUUCCAAGAGGUUUUGAGACUGGAGAUUACAAACGUUCUGACAAGAUUUCUUUGAGUACCAAAACUUCCGAAAAUGACACGGACAAUUACAUCCGAAAGGGUGGUGAAAACGAGUUCUUCUCGCAGACCGUGAGCGAAGAGGUCGAGAAUUUGAAGCAACAGUUAAAAAGUGCCAUGCAGAAGAUUGAAGAACUGAGACUUGAAAACAAAGAAAUGAAGAUAGAAAUUGGAAACUUGUCUCCUUCAACAGCUGAGAAAGCAUUCCUUUUAAAAACAACAAAAUUUACUGAUCGACUAUUGAGAGACAUGAAAGAAAGAGAGGCAAAGGUGCAGGUCCGGCAGCUGAAGUCGUCUGUUCGACUCCCGGAGCUAAGUCAAGUUGGUUUGACAGGAGAUGUUGGAAGAAAAACGUCAACACCGCUGAAGAUCAUCGGUGAAAAAUUGAAAGAAAUCACAAGGUCAGUAGAAAACAUGGCUAUCGAUUCAGAGUCAUGUGAAGAAACCUCUACAAAUAUCAGCACAUCAUAUUUUUUGGAUUUGAAUUCACCAUAUCAAAACUGUCCUUUUGAAAUGGAGGAUCCUUUAAUCAUACCACCAGAAUCUUCUAAAACAUUCACUGCACAAAGCGCACCGUUUGAUCAAGACAAUUCAGGGCAAACCCAAAGAAGAUAUUAUACUUCUGUGCGGAAGCUUGGGGAGGAGAAUCUUCUCUCUCCAACAAAAUACCACCACCGGCUCACAGAGAGAGAUUUCAGCCAGAGAGAAAACGCAUUUCAACUUACCGAUGAACUUACACAUGCGCAAGAACGCUGCUUAUACGAAAGCCCCAGCAGCAGAUGGAAGCUUCACGUCGAUGCUCCUGACUAUGUUCGGCGGUAUGUGGUCCGCUCUUCUGUUCAUAUCGCUAACAUGCGAGACUUAAAGCCGGAAGAAAUCGCUUUCUAUUCAACGCUAAGUUAUAAGUAAGUGGCUUGUCUCUACAGAUUUUUUUUACUCACAAGCAUGGAACUGGACCGGCAUGCUCUUUUUUCAGAUAAGUUUCCAACUUUUUAUAAAAAUUUGUGCCAUGGCGGCAUUGCCUUGUAUGCUUGAAUGGAACUGAGAAAAUUUGUGUGACGGGGGGUCUAGCUAGGAUUUUUAGAGGGGGGAGGGGUCAUUGCAUUCGCACGUCUUAACCAACUCGAAUAUUUGUAUGUUGUUGACUUAAAGUAGAAGAUCACUUGGGGGAUGAUAGGGGGCACACCAACGUCCCCCUCCCCCCCUUCUAGCUAUGCCACCAGUGUGAUCUGCAUAACUUCGUAUCUACACUGCCACCUCAGUCCAAGGCUCGGCAGAGUUUGUGUUGACAGCACUCUUGCUUGCUCUAUAUAUUACGCUUGUUAUACUCUGUGUUUCAAGACUGAAGACAGUGAAAACUGAAUGCAGGAAGGGAAGUAACUACGACAACGCUAUCUUGAAUCCUAGUGGAGUGUUUACAUAUAAGAUUGAUUACAUAAUGAAAAAGAAGACACGUGAAAAGCAUGUUAUUUAACAUUUAUUGUAAGCAACUCAUUUCAUUUGCAUCCGAGUUCUCAAUUA